UAAGCCAAGUUGUCAAAAUUUCGUAAAAGUAGCGAUGGUGCUUUCGAUAUAUUUUUAUUGAAAUUUCUCACAUAAAAGCAGUCAUAACUUAACAUAAUCUGGCGAAUCAUGAAUGAUCAAAACUCAGUUUUGAUUUAGAAGCCAUUCCUGCCUUUUGGCCGCGUAUUUAACUUAACUUUCGUUGUGAAAAUUGUGUAGUUGAAAUUUUCGAUCAUGGAUGGUACUUGGGUCCUUGUUUUGCUCGCUUUGGUGAUGUUAAUAGGGUCCUAUGUGGCUGGAAGUAUACCCUUAAACGUGUCUAUGUCUGAGGAUAAAUUGCAAAAAGUAACAGUAUUCGGAGCAGGAUUGCUAGUCGGGACCGCUCUAGCUGUGAUCAUCCCGGAAGGGGUCCGUGCUUUGCUCAGUGAGCAUGCACCGCCUCUUGUGACCAAGGACUACACAGCAGAGCCUCCUCAUAAUGAUGAUAUUCAUUCGGUCAUCGGUAUCACUUUAGUUUUAGGUUUCGUGUUCAUGUUGCUGGUGGACCAGCUGUCAUCCCGGUAUAACGACCAGAGCAACCCCAUCGAGAAGAACGUCACAGCCACUGUCGGCCUUGUAGUGCACGCGGCAGCCGAUGGCAUCGCACUGGGCGCGGCGGCGACCACGUCUCACGCUGAUGUUGAGCUCAUAGUUUUCUUGGCCAUCAUGCUUCACAAGGCUCCUGCUGCUUUUGGCCUGGUCACAUUCUUAAUGCACGCCGGCUUGGACAGGAACCGGAUACGCAAGCAUUUGCUGGUGUUCUCGUGUGCAGCUCCGCUCCUCGCCAUGCUGACUUACUUCGGCAUCGGCAACGAGAGCAAGCAGACACUAAGCUACUUCAAUGCUACAGGUAUAGCAAUGUUAUUCUCAGCCGGCACUUUCCUCUACGUGGCGACAGUUCACGUGUUACCAGAGCUGACACAAACACACUCCCACACCCACACACUUCUUCCCACACAAGAUGGUGUACCCUCUAAAAGGGGGUACGGUGGCCUACAGUUCUGCGAAGUCCUAAUUUUGGCUGUGGGUGCUAUGUUACCCGUACUUUUGACGAUGGGCCAUAAACAUUAAAAAAUAAGCAAUAUUUUUUUUAUGUGAAAAAGGGUUUUAUAAUUUAUUAGAUAAUUUUAGGUUGAUAAUUAUCUGGAUAAUUUUAGGUUGAUAAUUAUCUAGAUAAUUUGAGGUUGAUAAUUAUAAUUAUCUAGAUAAAAUAUACAAAAAUAUAACGUAAGCAGCUUGUAACAGGCCACACUUUCGGGCGUAGGUGUCCCCUUUUCGGUUGAAGGGGGCUUCGAAUAUAAUCCACCACGCGGCUCCACUGCGGGUUGAUGGAGAUAAUUAUCUUAUAUCUUGGUAACCAUAAGUUUAUAAUUAUCUUAAAAGUCAGAGAAUUGUUUAUGAUUACUAAAUUAUCAGAAUAUAUUUCGCAUCCCCUCAAUCAACCGGAAGGGGUGAAGUGGAGCAGAAUGGUGGAGUAUGAUCCAUCUCCACCAUUCUGCAUUUUAGUGGAGUUAUUUACGUAUUAAAGUUUAUCCAAAUAAGUUUUGUAUCGCCAAACAAAACUUAAAGUUCUCAAAAAAUACUUUAUUUUGGUUUAAUUUAAAAUGAAUUAUGAAAUUUAAUUUUGUUUUAAAGUAUUUUCUUAUAUAGAUGUAUAAUCUUCCAAAAAUAAACAGAAUGCAUUUUGAAAUAUAAAAAAAAAACUGGUUAAGUGUGGUCGAAGACACACACCGAGGGUUCCGUAGCACUACAUUUUAUUUUUUCAAUAUUUUUGAGUCCAUUCUGUUUAUGAAUUUAGAAAUUGUUUAGACGCAUAAUAUAUACAAAUAAAUUAGCAAUAAACGAGUAAAUUAUAAGCAAAGUGUAUUGUGAUUUAGUCUAAAUUUUAGUGUGAUUUUAAUUUAGACACAUAUUUACAAAAAGAAAAAAAUACAGGGUUUUAGUGACAUCGUAACGAAAACUGUGAGGGAUGAUUCAGAUCAUGAUUCUGAGUUGAUAUCAAGUGGAAUUUUCCAUCGCUAAAUUAUGGAACGGAAAAUAAUUCAAAAAUACACUAAAAUUUUCACGAAUUUUCCACCGCAAAAAUAUCAGAAUUGAAAAUAAUAAAAAAAAAACUUGAAAAAAAAAUCAUGAAUUUUGCGACGGAAAAAUCCACUUGAUAUUAACUCAGAAUCAUGGUCUGAAUCAUCCCCCUCAGUAUUCGUUACGAUGUCACUAACACCCUGUAUAUUUACUAUUGGGAAAGACAUCUUUUUCCUUGCGUGGUUUAAAAAUAAUUUGAAAUGCGAAAGAUUUUUAAAUGUAAAAAAAAAAUAUUAUCCCUAUGAACCAAAUAGACAAUGAUGUAAAUGGCCCACGUCCCCAUUACUGGACGCAGACCUCACUACAUCUAUCGGAAGUAGUACGAAGCACACUCCACCACACUGAUUCAACCAUUCCUCUAGUUAAAUAAUAAUUAAUUAGACGAAAAAAGACACGAAAAAUUGUAUUGACAUGUUUUGUUUUUUUUUUAAGUUGUAACGUUUUUUAAUUUAGACAUUAUAGUCUAUGGUUACAGACAAAUGUCACUUUGACAGUUACAUUUCGGUGGGUGUAUUUUUCCUACUUAUCGCGUCAACUUUUUCCUAUAUGUAAGUAUUUAUAUUGUAAAAAGGUGUUUGACCUCUUUUGUAGAACGUCAAUGUGAAAGUGACAUUUCUCUUACCAUAGUUUGUUUGUUUUGGUUUUCCCCGAAGCUUGAAGACUGCAUUAUUGAAUGUGGCGCCAUCUGUUGCAUGUGGGCGGAACUAGCUGGCCAACUAGUUGGGUCCGCCACACAAUAAAUAUAUAUUUUUUUAUAAUACAUAAGCUUUGUUUUGUUUCCAAGGUAGGAAAAUUUCCGGUACGGUACAGUCAUGAGCAAUAUAGUGUACCCACUUUAGGACUCUGUCGCACUAACAUAUUUGACAUUUAGUGAGACUUACAGUUCAAUUUGUCAAAAAAGCUAAUGUGACAUGGUACCAAAGUGUAUACAUAUUAAUGCUCGUGACCGUACAUCACUGGAGAAGACGCUAUUUGUAUGAAAUAAAAAAUGAACAAUUAAAAAUAUGUUUAUGUUUUAAAAGCGGACAAAUUCCUUUUGUAUGUUCCGAGAAUUUGUAGGCGGGAGUUGCCAAGCGCAUGCGUUCCCCUGCCGAAGUUCGAUAAGCUACAAAAGUCCAAUCAGUUUCUUGCAAAGUAAUAAAUUAACUGGUUGCACUUAAGAAUUCCUAGUUACAUGUCGUUUCUGUAAUAGACCAAAAACACCUAAAAAAACAAAUUUUAUAAUUUUAACAACUAAUAGUUUAUAAUUUCACCACUGUUUACAAAUAAUGAUUCCCAAUCGGCGUUCCCCAAAAACACGAUAGAUGGCGUUGUUACGUUUUUUCUUCGUUUAACACUUUCAAGGACAGAACAUCUAAUGACGUUCUAAUUCCAAGUUGUCGUACUCUCAUACUACCUAUUAUGAACCAUCAAUGACCCAUAGUCUCUGUCCGUGAAAGGGUUAAACUUCAAAUUUCAUAGAUAACAGACAUAAAAUAUGCAUAUGCAUCUUUUAUCUUUAUUUUUAGGUGUAAAUGAUGAGCCUUUUUGUUACACCAAGGUACAAUUACAACUUCCACCCAUUAUUAUUCUAUUCAAACUAAAGAGAAUCAUAGUAGCAACAGCUUUCUAUACAUAAUGUGGUACAAAUAUCAAGCAACAAUUAGUUUUAUAUAUGCUUCUGACAUUACAUUACAUUUUUGAAUAAUUAUGUACCCGAGCAAUGUUUUUUUUUACGUGUCUUAUUGUAGAUUUGCCGCAGAUGGCAUUAACUACUUGGCCGGACAAAUGGGGAGCGCUGAGGGCUCUCACCCGGUACAACGUUUAAGACAACAGGCCUGAGGGUGCCCUGUUGGGUGCGAACCACGGGUCAGGGCGUCGUCUGAGAGGAAAAAAUAUUUGAAAGAAUUAAUCGAUAGCCAUAAGCGAUGAUUGAGGGAAAUCGUCGACCACGCCGGCGGGGUCGGUAUCGUCCUAAAGUGCCUAAAGUGUUUGGUGUCGCGAGCUGAUUGGCUGCCUCUAUGGCUAGAGUAAUCGGGUCGUCGCCUGAGCAAUGAGAAAAUAGGUAAUUAUUACGUUAAAAGUGAACAACGCCAUCUAUCGUGUGUUUGGGGAACGUCGAUUGGAAAAUACCUCAUUUGGCUCAGUGACUGAACUUUUUGCUCUUUGAUUCUACAUGUAAGAUUGGUUCGUGUUUUGUUUUGGUAUGCAUUUUAGACGUUGAUGUUUCCUUACGAGUGUGCGGCAGUGAAUAUAUGUACGGUCAGGAGUACUAAUAUGUACCACUUUACUAACAAAAAUUGCAAUUACUUUGAUUAUUUUUUUCGUUGACACUUACACCGCAAGCUGCCAUUGUUUUUGUUGUGAUUGAACGCGGCAAGAUUCGGUACUAAUUAUACAAAUUGCCGCGUUAUUUUACAAACGGCGCUCGACUCAUUUCGGCAUAUUGCAAAACAGCGGUCGUUUCGAAUCUGACGACGCUUUUUGUAAUCAAACGGAUUAGACUAUCUGCCGACGACAUGUACACUUUGAAACCAUGUCACAUUAACUUUUUUGAAAAAUGAAACCGUAAGUCUCAUUAAACGUCAAAUAUGAUAGAACGACAGGGUUCUAAAGUGGGUACAUGAUAUUGCUCAUGACUGUACACCUUUAAGUCUUAGCUGGAAGACUAAAAAAAUGUAAUUUAUUAAGUAUUUUGUAACAUCAAUUGUGCUGAUUUCUGUACAUAAACAGCCUAUAUACGUCCCACUGCUGGGCACAGGCCUCCCCUCAAUCAACCGGAGGGGGUAUGGAGCAUACUCCACCACGCUGCUCCACUGCGGGUUGGUUGGUGUGCGGCUGUACACACCAUCUAAUUUUAUUUUAAGUUAUACCUGUCAUUUUCUUAUCCGCCGAAAAGGAAAGGGACGGGUAAUCGACAAGCAUAAAAUUUAUGGAAAACACGUCCAUUUUAAGCAGGUAUUUUAAAAUCCCUCCGAUUCUUAUUGCCCAAUAACCCGACUGAAUUAGGUUGAUAGCACACGACAAACAGGUUGCAUGCCGCCGAGAUUCCUAUUUUAUUCAUUGUAAAACAGUUGUCAAUCACCCGUCCCUUUCCUUUUCGGCGGAUAAGAAAAUGACGGGUGUAACUUAAAAUAAAAUUAGGUAGUGUCUGCAGGAAUCGGGGCCAGUGUUGUACUUAAGAUAUCUAAUUAUAUAUAUUUUAAUAAUUAAAACACAUAAUAACGGGUUCUACCGCGUUUAAAGCAGGGAUAUGAGACUCCCGAUAUUUCGAUACUGUUGCAAGCAAUCCUUGCCAAUGCUGGUCAAUGGAAAAUUAAAGCUUAUUUUCUUUCAGGGUAGACAGAAUAUUCAGAGAACCUACACUUUUCUUUUAGGACACUAUAACAUAAAAUAGCAUUGCGCCUGUAUCCCCUAAGGGCAGAGGUGUUUACUAUAUACAGGGUGUUAAUUAUGACACACCCUGUAUAUGUAUUUGUACAAUAUCUUAGAUGAUAUGUAUUUUUAUUGUAUAUAAUAUACAUAAAUGUUUAUUUUGUGUUGUUUUAAAAAUGAAUGUAUAAAAUAAAUCGCUUCUUUGAAUA